AGAACCAAUUGAUCAGAUGAAUGACAAUGCUCUUCCAAUAUCUCACGACUCUCAAAUGAGCCAUAAAGGCAAUUAUAAUUCAGAGAAUGCUGAUAUUGCCUUGACUGAAAAAGCAAAUGCAAUUCCUUUACAAUUGUUUAAGAAGAGACUAAAAACUAGUGCAGCAGAAGACACACAAGGUGUUAUCGUAGAUCCUGAUAAAGCUAAUAAGGGCUUAGGUGCCAACUGGGAUAAGAAUAUUAUUUCGAAAAAUCUUUUAGAAGGUUCAACUGAAUCCAAGACUGACUUAAAGCCAGCAAUAGCAGCAGUGGCUGGUACUAUUUCAGGUGUAACUAUGUCAAAGAGGCCAAAACCACCACACAAACCUAAAUCUGGUAAAUUGAAAUCUGGAUCAUAUCGUCCUCAUGUUAUUUCUCAUGCAAAGAAGAGUAAAGGUCAUGACAAAAUGGAAAAAAUUAAGUCAGCAGGUAGCGAUAAAAAAAGAUCCCUGGUUAUUGAUAAAAGCAAGCAGCACUUGAAAACAUUGUCGUCAAAAGCCACAAAGAGAAGGCUUAAAAAAGAUGCUCUGACUCUGUCAAAAACCUUCAAAGAUGAUUCGCAAAAAGUGCUGGAUGAGAAUAAAUACACAUUACUGCCAGAUGGAACAAAAAUAUAUGACAAAAAUAUAUCAGUGUUUGGAAGUCAGCAAUCAGUACAAGCUAGUGCAAAAUCUGUUGAUGAAAUCAUUGCUUCACUGCGGGCUGCAAGCCAUACCACCACCCAGUCUGUUUCAGAACAGAAGAUCAAAGGAGUCAUGGUGAAAGUGUUUGGUUACAGUUUCAGCAGUAAAACUGAGGAGGAAGGUUCAAAAUUCCAAACUAUACCAGAAGUGGAGGCUGGUCCAUCCCUCCAAGCCACAAAGCAAAUGUUGCCGCAGGAUACUCAGCAGUCUGUCACAGAAACUGCCCCCUCAAAGAUAGAGAAGGAAGAGACCACAGAAGACUUGGGGAUGGAAACAGGUUUCGUCCCUCUCGAGCCCCUAUUAAAGGUUCCAUCAGUACCUGCAGCUCCUGUGUCGAUGGCAUUCUUUAAACAAGAUAUUUCUAAGGUCACAGAUGAUUUGGAACCUAUUAUGGACAAAGAAGAAAUACAAAGGAUUCUUAAAUUACCUAAAAAGGUUACUUAUUCUGACAUAAUUCAUGUGAAAGGAGUUGGAGUACGAACACAUAAGAGGGUUGAAGAAGACUGGGAAAAGCAACCUGAAAUUGAUAAAUAUCCUCAGGAACAAGCUUCUACUCUGGCCAUAUGGACCCCAAAAGCUCAAGGAUUAAAGACGAUCCACCACCUGUGCACUGCUGUGCCCAGUCAUGUAUUGCCCAUUGAUUUGCAGCUGGCUUCAAGGCUAUACCACACUCCAAACAGAGUAGGACAUGGGAGCAGUAAACUUCCAGCGUCAUUGCUAACAGAGAGCUGUUCAGAGGAUGAUGAGUUUUUUUCUGAGGAACAAAAGGAGAGAGCAAAACUUAUUUACGAAGGAAUUCCUUUAUCAGAAAUAAUUGAGAAAAAUGUAACCGAUGGUAUUAAAUGUGCACCACCAACUUCACCAGAAAAAUUGCUUAAUUGGCAAAGAAUGGCAGAAUAUUAUGUGGAGAAACCAAAGAUAAUACUCUCUGGAAAGCAAGCACACAUCCACAAAGAUGCAACAAAAAUGUUUUGGACACCAGCAUUUCCUAAAUUUGCAGUGCCUCUUUCAAGCAUUCAGGAGCUUCUAUUCCCAAGCAUAAAAUUUCAGAGUCACAUGAAUGUGUGUGAGUAACUGGAGAUCUGGAGGAAGAGAAUGAGGAGGAACUAGAAAGAAAGAAACAGGAAAAUUUAGAGAAACUACUUUUCCUG